AUGCUUCCACCGUCGGCGCCUGCCAAUGCUGGUGGGUUGUGGGUAUUUUUGGCAAGCGGAACAAGUGGUGGGUUUGAAACCCUAGGCGGCGUUGAUCUGAAACGUGGAAUGCACACCGGAGAUCAAAGAGGGAGUAUUCAGAUUGUAGAAAAAAGAGGAAGGUUGUGGUCCGUCGAUGGUGGAGGGUUGCGGUGGUGGUGGUUGUGGAUUCUGGUGGUGGUGAUAGUAGAUUCCGACAACUCUGUUUCUUCUUACAAGCAUCACCACCAUUUUCCUUCAAGAUUUUCCCAAAUCAAUUUUUCUUUUGUCGCAUCCCAAUCUGUCGCUAUAAUCGACGAUGGUGGUGGUUGGUGA